GAACUGACCGGAUGGUAAUUUUGGUUUGCAGCGUGGAACGAGACCGGCUUCGGGAGCGAGAGCGACAGGCACGCGCGGCGAUGUCGGUCCAGGCAGAGCAGGCGGCUGCGGGAGGCGGUCCUGAUACGAGACAUCAUCAUCACCACCACCAUAACCACGUGCAUCAUCAUCACGCCAACAUACAUGUCUCCACACCGAACCUCUUCCGUGGUGGUCCCGUCAGAGCCGAUCCCGACCCGCAAAUCCAGUCUAAGCUGGGCAACUAUCACCUAGUGAAGCAUCUGCUGGACGAGCCUAAACGUUUGAUCGGCAUCGACGGUAUCCCGCAGAGCCCGGCGCCCUCGCCGACGCCCUCGGCCCACAAGUCCAGCACAGGCAGGAACUGUUCCCCGUCCUCGGGGCAGGAGUUUAAGAAACCGGGCGGACUCAGGGGAUCGAGCGGCUCCUCGUCUUCCUCCUCGGCCGGCGGCUCGUCGGCCACGAGCCACCAGCAACGGGGCGGCUUCGUCAAACCCGCUGACGGCAAACCGCCCUACGGUGGCCGGGGUGGCUAUCCCGGUCAGCCGGUCAAGCACGGCGGUGGCAGUAACGAUCAUCGCAACCACGGCUUACUUCCGGCCAAGGGCCCCCCGCCCCUCGUACCCCCGCACGUACCGCCCGCCCUCGUAGGGAGCAAUGGCUCUUUGCCGGUCGGAGGCAAUUCCGGCGGCGGGAGUGUCGUCGGUGGCAAUUUCAGCGGCGGUCUCGCGAGCCGUACUCAAUUCGCCGGCCGGCUGAAGCUGAUCGAGGUUAACGGGUCGAAUUCGCGAUCAUCAAUUGACAGUACAGAUGUGGAGAACAUUCUGAAGGAGAUGACCGUGCCACUCACACCACUGACGGCGAUCGCGCAGACACCGCGAAAGGAGCACGAAUCCAAGUUCACCUUCAACCCCCAUCUGGCAAAGUUGACAGAAGUGGCUCCACCAGAACCUGCAAAGCCUCAACGCGAGAGACAUGCCGCCAGCAGACUAUCUGCUGAUCUCGAGCGGGACUUGUGCUUGUCAGAUAGCGAUGAGGAGAACAAGGAGACAUCGUCGAGACCGACGAAAGCAAACAGGAGUCCAGAUCUCACGGUUGUCGUGUCGAUAGCAUUAUCACGAAUCGAGAUGUCCAAUUUUCCGCAUCGUUUGAUUUCGCGUCCUUACAGCCUACCAACGCCGCUGAUUCCGGCGAUGACACCGGCGCCGACGCCUUUAUCGCCCAUGGCCAUGUCACCCAUGGGACCGCUGUCGCCACCGCGGCCGAUCAGUCCGCCCAAAUAUCCGUCACCGAAGCGGACGCCGGAACAAGCCAUGUCACCUCUGCCCGGCAUUGCCAGUUAUACGGUACGCUGCCCUCCAUCGACGAAUCCGAUCGUCCUCGGUCAACCAUCGAGCCCAGCCGAGGCGCCGCAGAGCUCCGGAAGCGCUAGCACGAGCUCGGGCACGGACUCUGGCACGGAUUCCGGUUCGGACAGCAGCGAUGAUUCCGAGGACGAGGACGAUGUAACAUCGGCGCCACCUCCGGUCAAGGGACCCACGACGCCGCCAUCGGUGUCACCGAAGCAGGAAAAUCUGGUGGAGGAACCGCCACCCGCCGUGGAAGAGCGCCGCUGGGAUCUCAGUUCCUUCUUCAACAAGACGGUACAGCAAGAACAGAAUUCCGAAUCGAAGCCGGCUCAGGAUAACGCUAGACGGGAUGAUACACUUGAGAUAAAGACGGAGAACAGCAGAUCACACAGGGAACAGUCUCAUGAUUGGCAGCUUGAUGAAGGUCUGAAGAGAACUCACAUAGGUUCUAUUAGCGACAGCGAUCAUCAUUCCGAUCAGGAGAAGGUUCAUCAGAUGAUCGAAGAUGGCAAUCGCUCCCAGAUGGAGAAGCCGAAGAUGGCCGACACCAGAAAACGCGGACGACCCAGGAAAUCUAAUAAGAGUCCGAAGCGCGGUCAUCGGACGUCAGACGAGAACUUGAAAAAUAGUAAGCCGCGUAGCCGGACGAGGACAGUCGGCAGUACUUCCGGCAAGAAGAAGCAGCCUAAAUCAAAGGAAACGGUGACCACGAGCGACGACGACAGCGACUCGAGAUCACAAAGUGACUCUGAUAGCGAUCGCCGAUCUACCAAAGUAUCGACCGUGGUGCCGACGAGAGACGACAAAAAAUCGAGACUGAGCCUGUCGUCCAGCGAAGACGAGAAUUCGCCACCGCCGAAUAGAAAGAAUAACAACAGUGCCUCCGAGGACGACGCCACACGAUGGACAAGAGUCUCCUCUAUUAAACGGAACAAUUUGUCAGACUCGCCGAAAAAGCAGGACAAGAAGAAAAGUCCCGCCAAGGGCAAACCCAGACGGCCGAGGUCUAGAGUGACCAAAGUUACCGGCGGCUCUGAUUCCGACAGCGAAUCAGAGGUGUCUGUGAGAAAUAGUCGCAUCAAAGUUGCUCGAGUACCACCCAGACCGCGAGCACCACCCACGAGGACAACUUCACCUGAUAACUCCGAUAGUGACAACAAUCCAGCGUCCAAACUGCAGGAAGAUGACGCCGGUAAUGUGCAAGACAAGAAGAAAAGCGAUACGUUGCGGCACGUCUUCUCGACGUCGAAGGGCGGUGGGAAGGUUGGCGGCAAAGGUGGAAAAGGUGGCAAAGGUGGCGGUAAAUGCGGUAUCUACGUGGAAGAGUACACGAAUAAUUCUGCCACUCCGACCGGCGGAGAUAGUCCUUACAAGAGACCAUCUUCACGGACAUCCAGUGGUGGCAACAAUAUACUCCUGCGCUCUUCCCCCGCACUCACCCACGUGAAUGGCGUGCCAAGUCUGAUGUGCAAGAUAGAUCUCAAUAGGAUAUCUUCGCAGCUAUUGCUAUUAGCGAGGGGACAGGAGCUUAGACGGCGCACGGAAUUACCCGAUACCAGGCCGUCUUCGAGACAGAGGCCGUCCUCCAGCUUGGCAAUUUUGCAACCACCGAGGCCGCCCACGCCGGAGGAGGGCGAGAUUGUCGACACACCACCGCCACAACAGGUCCCAUCGGACCGCGCUAGAAUCCAUCGCACCGACAUCGGUCUAUUGGGUAAUAACAGUGACAGAAAUUCGCAUUCUGUGAUCAAGGCCCAGUCAAUGUCAUCAGGCCCGAAGAACGGUGGUUCUAUGCUCGAAGGUGAUGCCGGUGGUGCUAGUAGUGGUGCCGGUGCGAUCGGUGGCGGUAGUGCGCCCAAGAGGAAACGUAAUCCAAGUUGUAGUUCCGUGUCGAGUUUAAGUCCUGUUCAAUGUUCGUUGCACGCGAAAACCAAGAGUUCGUCCGAGCAUAAGGACAGGAAUCGCAAGAGGCAACGGAGGCACGCUACAGACGAUGGCCUGAUGUCCUCUCAAAGUGACAUCCAGCCGACGAAUCACGAAAGGGACGAGAAACAAGAUACGAGCUUAUUGCCGCCACCACCUCUUCCAGCUCAACGCGUCUACUAUUCUUACUUUGAUCCGCACAGUGAAAUUUUGGAGGAUCAGGAUAGGGACCAUGACCAGUACCUGACUGAAGCUAAGCGACUGAAGCAUAAUGCCGACGAAGAAAACGAGCUUACAGCGCAAGGCAUGAUGUAUUUAGAGGCCGCUUUAUACUUCCUUCUAACUGGUGAUGCGAUGGAGUCGGACCCAGUCACGGAGAAAGCCUCGUACACCAUGUACAAAGAUACUCUUAGUCUCAUCAAAUACAUCUCGUCAAAAUUCAAGAGUCAACCCAACAAUUCACCCGAGAAUAGUAUACAUACGAAGCUAGCUAUCCUAAGCCUUUUGUGCCAGUCGCGCUUGUACUCCAAACUUUACAAUUUACGCAAGCAAGAAGUGAAAGAGGUCCAAAAGAUCGUCAACGACUUCAAUCAAAAACAACCUGCUCAGACAACUCCAAUGCAACCGGAGGGACAAGGUACACCUUCUCUUUCGCCUACGCCGUCACCCGCUGGUUCUGUAGGUUCAGUUGGCAGUCAAAGUUCCUCUGGAUAUAGCAGUGGCGGGCAACAUCCGGCAACAUCGGGCCAGUAUGUUAGUGUGCCAUUGCACGUAUACAAUGCGAUGAUCAAACAGAAUCAGUAUUCAGGGUUACUUACGAACAGUCACGAUUUAUGGGACCAGGCGAUAAAGCAGGCGAAACAGGAGGAGCACAGAAACUUUUUCAUUGACUUGGAUCGAAGAUUGGGACCCUUGACAUCAUAUAGCUCAGUACGCGAGCUCGUGCGGUACGUUCAAGCGGGUAUAAAGAAGUUACGAGCUCUCUGACCACAGUGGCAUAGCCCCCGACCACCCACCCCAAAUUACAUUACCUCCCUUCCUCAAAACAUGGUCACUUACCCAACCAUGUUUACGUAGUUGCGUGAUACCGCGUUAUCAACAACCAUUAUCUUUGGGCAUGCAACCGGAGAUAUGAAAAAUAGGAAGAAGCGACGGUGAUGUAUCGAUGACGAGCGAAAUCACGGACUAUUUUCUCUUAAAGAAGUGGUCUCGGGGGUGCGACCGAAUCGAUAACGAGGAUCAUGGUAAUCUCUAGAAAGAGAAAACGAGAGCAGAGCUCUUGGGGAUCUCCCUUAGUCGGGCGAUCUACGGACGAUAUGGGGGCAUUCUUCAGAUAAAUUUAGCAGCAAGUUUAUAGUCAAUUGCGAAGCGCGUGUGCCUGAAAGGGGCAAGGGAAAAGCAGCCGACCGGAAGGAGGAACUGCUUAUCUUACCACGGUGCAUAACGAACCUCGUGCACUUUGUUUAGAGCACGUGUUACUUACUCUCGAGGCGCAAUGGAGAAUCAUUGAACGGAGAUGAUAUCGAGGUGCUCGCCAGCGAGCGCAUUAAAUUUCCUAGCGAGCCGCAGUGAUAACUUGUGUCUAUUUUUCCGAAGUGUCCGCUUUUGUAAGUUAACGCAUGUAGAUAUCGACGUGAAAGGUCGAGAGGAGAAUCAGAGGUAGCGGAGAAACAAGAAAAGAAGAGAGAGAAGAACGAAGACGAAGAGGAAAAAAAGUGAAAUCACGAAGGGGUAGUAGAAGUGCCACUGAAAAGCGCCCGUGUGUUCUCGCUUCACGGUGCGCCACAGCCGACGUUACCUGAAGCAUGAGUAUCGUUUCGGCGAUUCGAGUGCGAUGAAUAAAACGAGAAUAUACACAUAUUUAAUAUAUAUAUAGUUUAUUACCUAUAUAAAUAUAUAAAUAGUUAUAUAAAGAUAAGAAUAUAUUUAUAAUAACGAAGACAUAGACAGAGAGAAUGCAUCUCGCGCGCCGGCGCCGCGUUUCAGUAUAGGGGAACAGAUGACAGAGUUGUAUUCGCAAAUAGUGGGAUAAUAUCGUGAUAAAAUGAUGAGGGAGGGGAGGGGACGAUUAAAAUGUGUACGGUGAGAGAUGCGCGAGCAACAGGAUCAACAACAAGAUCGAGCGAUGUACUAUAGUUACGUCUAACGUGCGAAGGACGCGUCUCUUUUUUUUCUUUUUUUUUGUAGAUAGAUCACGGGAAGUAAUUUAGACUAGAGUAAUUAAUAUGCAACACAGAAAAAAAGCAGUAACAAAUGCGACACACUACCGAUACAUAUUAUUUACAUUACCUAGAGUUAACUGGGGGAUAUGUAGAGGUUCUUAGAUGAAAAAAAAAGAAAGAAAAGUACAGAUAUACCGCAUACACAUAUACCAUACAUAGCAUUAUUUGACGAAACGAAAUGCAAGCGAGGGAAGAACAAGACAAGACAAAUGCUGGACGAUUGAGGUGAGCGUAGACAUGAGAUGAUAACGGAAACGAUGAAUAAAAAGCAAAUACACACGGAUAAGUAAGUUGCUCAUGUGUAUAUUUUUGUAAAUAGGUAUUUGUGAGUGCCGCGCCGUCUUGAGGGCGGUCUAUCGCCCGAUUGAAUUUGCGGUAGACCGGCCCGCCCCAAUUUUUGCUACCACAGUUCUUGUCGAGAAUCAGAUAAAAGAGAAAUCACAAAUAAAUAG